GCCGAAAACCCUGCCGCCCUCCUCGCCCACGAGAAGCACCAGCAGCUGCUGCGGCAAAAGCAACGCAGCACCAGCAGCAGCGCCGCCGACGACGCCAAGGCCUCCGACGCAGCUGCUGCUGCAGCCACUGCUGCUGCUGCUGCGGCUGCGGCUGCUGCCGCACCCUGCUCCGCCGUUGCUGCUGCCGAAUUCGCUGCUGCUGUUGCCGCGCUGAGGUGCAGCCUUGCUGCCCAGGAGGACCCCGCUGCGUCGCGCCCAGCGCCUGCUGCUGCUUCUUUCCGCCGGCAGCUGCAGCAGCAGCAGCAGCAGCGGCAGGGCCGCUGCCCUGCGGCGGAGGCAGCGGCAGUAGACGCCGCAGGCGAACCCAAACCUGCAGCAGCAGCAGCAGCAGCAGCAGCAAAUGGAUCGGAGUCCGGGGAGAACUCCGAGGCAGCAGAAGAUGACCUAGAUGAAGCCUUUAGAGCAGCAAUUAAAGAAUCGCGGGACCCCACAUCUCUUUUUGCCCAAGCCCUAGAUGUGUCUUCCACUUCUUUGGCUUUCUUCCACUCGCUGCAGCACAAGCAGCAGCAGCAGCAGCAGCAGCAGCAGGAUUCGCCGCUCACGGGCGCCGCAGCAGCCAGCAGCAGCAGCAAGCCCAAGCAGCAGCAGCUGCGCAGGUGGGCGGGGGGCCCCCAGCUCUCCCCUUCCAGUGCCGCACUGCAGCAAACCCCUUCGGACUCUCCCUCUUCAACAGCAGCAACGCCCCCCCGCAACAAGUCUCCCGUUGCUGCUGCUGCUGCUGCUGCAGCUGGAAGUGGGGUGCCUCUCGCUGCAGCUGCAGCAGCAGAAGACGAAGACAAGAACGAGCAUGUCGCCGCAGCAAAAGAGGCCUUGGGAGGCAGCGCCUGGCUGCAGCAGCAGGCUGCUGCUGCUGCAGCUGCUGCUGCAGCAAAGUCAGCAGCCCCGCCAACUCCAGCGGCAGCAGCUGCAGCAGCAGCAGCAGCAGCAAGAGGCCCUGGGACCUUGGCUGCACUGCGCAGCCUCGGCUUUGAAACGAGGCAAGGAGACAAUCCCCAAGAAGCAGCAGCAAGAGAAGCAGCAGUGGGGGCCCCCGCCUGCAGCCGAAUGUCUCUGCAGCCCUCGCGGCUGCCAGAGGACCAGACCAAUGGUCACAGCAGCAGCAGCAGCAGCAGCAGCAGCGGUCCCCAAGUGGCCCACGUGGAGGCGCGCAAAAGGGAAGGCAGCAGCAGCAGCAAAGCACCUGAGGCAACGAAGCCACACCUUCAGCAGCUCCCCCAGCAGCUGCAGCAGCUGCAGCAGCAGCAGCCCCUUGUUGACCUCGCAGCUGCAUCAGCAGCACUUCGCCAAGCCCACAGCCUAGGGGACACAACUCAACUGCAGCAGCAGCUGCUGGAGCAGCUGCAGCAGCUGCAGAGGCAGCACGAACAGCUGCAGACACAGAACUUCAGUGGGGAGAGCAGCGACGGGCUGGGUUCUGCUGCAGCAGCAGCAGCAGCAGCUGCUGCUGCUGCUACAGGAGCAGCACAGGAGGGACUUUCUCGUCAAGGUGCUUUAGAAACCCACAAGUUUCCUCCUGGGGCGGCCUCGGUGGAUUCCCAGCAACGGCAGAAACUCCUGCUGCAGCAGCAGCAGCUGCUGCUGCAGCAGCUGCGCGCAGAUACGGACCCAAAGUUUGCUGCUGCCGAAGCAAUCAAAAGCCUCCUCUCUGGCUGCCCUGCAGCACUACAGCCCCCUCUCCUGCAGCACCAAGGAGAUGCAGCAGCAGCGAAAGUGGCAGCAGCAGCAGCAGCAGCAUCAACGAUAACAACAGCGGCAGCAGAUGGCAGCAGCACGGAACCGGACGGCGAAGCGAGUUGGACUGCGCGCACCACACAGCAGCAGCAGCUGCAGCAGCAGCAGCAGCAGCAGCACCCGUCCAAGUCUUCGGAUGUAUCUUUUCAGCAUGGCGACGCGCCCGCAGUAAGCUGGGCCGUCGCAGAUUCUCGCGGAGCAGCAGCAGCAAUCCCGUAA